GUAAUUUGCAAAUCAAAACUAUUUUCCAUUCUGUUAUUUUGAAUUUUGAGCUGCUCUUUUGAAAGCACUUGCAUUUUGUAGUAGAGUGUGUAAUAUCGCAUCAUUAAGUUUGUACUUUUAAAUUUUAAGCUAAAAUAUCCUAGGACUGUCAACUAAACUAAAUACUUGAACAUGGAAGUCCUCCAUAGUUGGAAUAUCUGAGGAAGAUCUUACAAAAUCCUUAAGUCAUUUGUCGCACCACCAACCUGACUUUGCUCAGAAAGAAAAGGAAAAAACCUGUUGUCCUUUAUAACUGUGGAGGGACCAGAAAACCGAGUGGAUUUCAGCUGGUUUAGCCAUCACAGAACAGAAAUUUACAUUUCCAAAGCCCCUUUUAUCCAGGUAUCAUUGAUUGCUUAAAAUAGGAUUUUUUUUUUCAUUCGAAGAUCUGAGUGGUGAACACUGGUAUCUCUUUUCAGUGGAGAAACUGAGACAGAAUAAUGAAGCAGCGAUCCCAGUGUGAUGGGCUACCCACUCCAGGUCCUGUGUUGUAAUUAACUGAAACUGUUCCUUUCUGUGAACAAAGUCAUAAGAAUUACUUGUUAUGAGUUAAAGAAUAAUUCCAAGAAAAGCUACCUUUUACAUUUCUGAUCUGGAUUUUUCAAAACUAAAGAUUUUGUUUUUUUAAGAAAAAGGAGUUUCUGUUGACAUCAAGGAAGGAAGGGAAUAAGUCAGAAGCUGUUAGCCCUGUGCACUGAUGAAUAUAAACGCUCUUGGAUCUCUGAGGUACAAACUGUCCAAAGUCAAAUGCUGGAAGACAGGAAAAUCUUUUGGCCUUGUAGUGAGUGAUCCUGACAAUGCUCAUAGAUCCUUCAAAGUCCACCACCUGCAUCCUGGCUUCAGUUUCCUAGCAAUGUAACUGAGGACAUGAAGAUUUUGUGAACUAGAAAAGACUGAUGUGGAAGGAACCUUAUUUGUUUAUACAAGAUCUGCUUCUCCAAAGCAUGGAUUCACCAUUAUGAAUAGGCUGAGCAUGGAGAAUAGGACAGAACCCAUUACUAAAGACCUGGAUUUCCAACUCCAGGACCCUUUCCUUCUCUACAGAAAUGCCAGAUUGUCCAUUUAUGGAAUUUGGUUUUAUGAUAAGGAAGAAUGCCAAAGAAUUGCGGAGCUUAUGAAGAACCUGACUCAGUAUGAACAGUUGAAAGCCUGCCAGGGGACUGGAGCAGGAGCCUCCCCAGUUCUCCCCAGCUCAGGGGAGGGCAAGGAAGUGGAUAUCCUACGCAUGCUCACCAAGGCCAAGGAUGAGUACACGAAGUGUAAAACCUGUCCUGAGCCGAAACAGAUAACCAGUUCGUCUGCCAUCCAUGACAACCCCAAUCUCAUCAAACCAAUUCCAGUGAAAGCCAGUGAAACCCAGCAGCCGUGCAUCCUUCGGCCCAGCCAGACCUUAGACCCUGAACCCCAACACUUAUCCUUGACAGCUCUGUUUGGGAAGCAGGACAGAGCCACAAGUUCAGAAGCCGUGGAGCCCCCACAGGCCCUCCAGGCCCAGCAGCAGCACGAGAAGCUCCCAGUAAGGCAAGGGGUCGUGCGCUCCCUGUCCUAUGAGGAACCCAAAAGGCAGUCGCCGCCGGUGGAGAAGCAGCUCUGUCCAGCUAUUCAGAAACUCAUGGUCCGGGGCGCAGACCUCCACCCAUGGUCAGAGCUGCCCGAGAGCCGGCCCCGUGAAGAGGGAAGCCCCCGUCCGGCCAUCCCACCUGGGUCACCCUGUACCGCCAGGGCUGCUCAUGCUCCACAGAGCGCUUGCAGAGCUCAGACCCUGCUGGAGAAGCUUCACAGCGCGCCAGGGCCAGCGGACAAGCAUGACCGUGGCACAGCAGCCCCUGCCGGGCCGGUUGCCCCCGGCUGCAGCACAGCUCUCGCCGCUGCCACCCCAGCCAAGGGCGUGGCACAGCCGCAACUGCUAUCUUUCAAUGGCACCCUCCCGCCGCACACGCUAGGACCUCAGGCUCAUGGGAAAGAGCGGGCCACGUUCCCUAGACAGACGGGCCCUCCCUCCAGCACCCCAGCAAGCAGUCCCCGGGUGGCAGCCCCUCCGGAGCUACUGAGGAAGCUGCAGGUGGUGCCGCAGGAGCAGCAGCUGCCCGUGCCCACCCGGCCAGCCCUGGCAGCUAAGUUUCCUGCAGCAGCUCAGGGCUCUCGGACUGGGAAGCCCUUGGAGUCCUGGAUCAACAAGACGACAUCCGGCACAGAAAAGCAGGCUCGUUUCCUUCAGGUCGCCUCACCUCCGCACAUCCCCGCCACGGCCGCUCCUGCUCUGCUCCUGGCCCCCACGGUGUUCGCACACUGCGCCUCUGCCCCGCCCAGGGAGAGGGACGGUGGGCUCUGGCCUCUGGGAGGCCACGGACCGCCCGCUACCUCCAGCAGCCUCUUGGUGCCCCUGCAGAGCCCGGAGCCCCUGGUGGGCUCCAGCAGCCCGCUCACCAAGCUACAGCUUCAGGAGGCCCUGCUGUACCUCAUUCAGAACGACGACAACUUCUUAAAUAUAAUCUACGAAGCCUAUCUCUUCAGCAUGACGCAGGCGGCCGUGAAAAAGGCCGUGUGAAGACUGCGCCCCGGGCCCUUCCGGAACGCAGCGCAGCGCGCUUCCCGUGGAGUGUUGCCCGAAGCGCCUCUGCCUUUUUUUAGACAAGUAUGUGUAAUAGGAAAUAAAUUGUUUUCUACAACCAA